GCCGCAUGUAAAUUUGCAUGUUCACUUGUGUUCACAUCUUCGCAAAGCUUUCGUUAAAUGUAUGCAAUUUUUUUUUCUCUACAAAAGGAGCAGUUAAAAAUACGACACUUGAGCGGAGAAAGCGAUCGUUUGCGAAUUGUAUGCAGAGGGAAUAUUUACGAGUAAGCCUUCAGGUGACUACUUCGCGUACGCAAGGUAUGCUCACUUGGCCAGGCAUACACCUACAUAUAAGCGUAUAUAUAAGCGUAUGCAUAAGCGUAGGUACAAACUUACAUUAAUCGCACGUACAAAUAUGCGUUGGCGUAUCCACCCCUUGCGAACAUGAACCCACGGAGGAUAAAUUUGCCAAAUCGACGGACCCGCUGAGCGCCCGCUUUUUCGAAACCUUUGCCGCGACACCCCUCGUUAGCUUAAACCACGUCGCUGCAGAUUCAGACCUACUACGCAGAGGCACAUUCUUGCCACGGCGCACUGAGCGUUGAGCAUUAUUGUAGAGCGGCAGGGCGACCCUUUGCCGGAAAAAGGGAGCAACGUACGUUUGUAUGUGCCGAGUCCCGCACGCAGCAGCGAGAAAAAAGAACGCAAAAGGGGAGAAGUCACCAAGGUGAACCAACCGAAGCGCAUUUAAGGCACUCUAUCUAAGGCGAACCUACGAACGCGCGCACCCGCCGGAGAGACGCACACGCAGAAAGCGCUCGACUCACAAACUGCUCUCCAAAGCACAGCUAACGCAAAAUAAAUGAGAAACACACCAUACAGCACGCAGAGGGGAAUAUAAUGGGAGAUUACUUAAAAACGGGAUCGAUCAACUAUGAUUUAGAAAUUUUAAAAAAAAAACCCGAAAAGAAGUUAUCGCUUGACAAGCAAAAUUUGUACCUCCAAGGAUAUGGUAGACAGUGGGGGGAGAAGCUGGUCUACAGCGUUGGCUUGGCCUACGGCUCAGGCCUUCUGCUAGGCGGGAGUUGCGGGCUAAUCAGCGGAGUCAUGAAGGGAGGGAAGACGAGGAAGCUGUUUGUCAACUCCGUUUUGAAUUCCACCUCAGUGAUAGGGCCGAGCGUCGCCAACCAAAUGGCCUCAAUAACGAUGAUUUUCUACGCCCUAAAUAAUAUGGUCAAAUUAUUUACCAAGAAUGAUGAAGUGUACAAUUCGUCCAUCGCAGGUUUCCUCGCGGGGAGCAUUUACAAAAGUGCCUCCAGCUAUAAAAUUAUGGGUGGCUAUUCUGUGCUGUCGUCUGCUGUCUUUUCGUUUAUUGAUUAUGGCUUCAAGAGGGGCUACAUUUAG